GUGUCUGUGUCCCCGUCCUGCUGUCCCCCAUCACCUCCUCGCAGUCUGUGUACCCAUCACGGUGUCCCCCACCGUCUCCCUGCUGACUGUGUCCCCAUCCUGGUGUCCCCCACCAUUUCCUCAGUGUCUCCGUCUUCCCAUCCCAGUGUCUGUGUCCCCACCUCGGUGUCUGUCCCCAUCCCGGUGUCCCCCCAUCAUCUCCCUAGUGUCCGUGCCCUCAUCCCAGUGUCCCCCUGUCAUUUCCCCCUUUUGUCCAUGUCCCCAUCCCGGCGUCUGUGUGUCCCCCAUCCCGGUGUCUGCGUCCCCAUCCCGGUGUCCCCAUCAUCUCCUCCCGCCGUCUCCGUGUCCCCAUCCUGUCGUCCGCCCCCAGUCAUCUCCCCGGUGCUCGGCGCUGCCCCCUCUGAACUCACCUGCGCUGGCAGCCUCCGGGUGCAGGCAGUCACCACCCUGGCUCCUUCCCUGCGCCGAGUGGGAUUUUUCCGAUGGCUGCACAGAAGAGUUUGCUGCUCCCUUCUUGCCUUCUGAUGUCUGUCUCCGUGGAGCUGCACUUUCCCUGACUUAGCCCGGUGGGAGAGAAGAAUGUGCAGCAGCUGGACCACAUGCCAUGAGGUGAGUGUUGUGCCUGCUGAACUUCCUGAGAGCCACCAGCCAUGCCAGGGAUCGUCGUGUUCCGCCGCCGCUGGUCUGUAGGCAGCGAUGACCUGGUUUUGCCAGCAGUCUUCCUCUUCCUCCUGCAUACCACCUGGUUUGUGAUCCUCUCUGUGGUGCUCUUUGGGCUGGUGUACAACCCCAACGAGACCUGCUCCCUUAACCUGGUGGACCACGGCAGAGGCUACCUGGGCAUCCUGCUCAGCUGUAUGAUCGCAGAGGUGGCCAUCAUCUGGCUCAGCAUGAGAGGCAGCAUCCUGUACACAGAGCCCCGGGACUCCAUGCAGUAUGUGCUCUAUGUCAGACUGGCCAUCCUGGUGAUCGAGUUCGUCUACGCCAUCGUGGGCAUCGUCUGGCUGACGCAGUACUACAGCUCCUGCAACGACCUCACAGCCAAGAGUGUCACUUUGGGGAUGGUGGUGUGCAACUGGGUGGUGAUCCUGAGUGUCUGCAUCACUGUCCUCUGCGUCUUCGACCCCACAGGCAGGACCUUCGUCAAGCUCCGAGCUACCAAGCGCAGGCAGCGCAACCUGAGGACCUACAACCUGCGGCACCGGCUGGAGGAGGGACAGGCCAGCAGCUGGACCCGCAGGCUCAAAGUUUUCCUUUGCUGCACACGGACAAAAGACUCUCAGUCGGAUGCCUACUCAGAAAUUGCCUACCUUUUUGCUGAGUUCUUCAGAGACCUUGACAUUGUCCCCUCCGACAUCAUCGCGGGGCUGGUUCUCCUGCGCCAGCGGCAGAGGGCCAAGCGCAGCGCCGUGCUGGAUGAGGCAAACAAUGACAUUUUAGCUUUUCUAUCUGGGAUGCCAGUGACCAGGAACACAAAAUACUUGGAUCUGAAAAACGCGCAAGAGAUGCAGCGCUACAAGGAGGUCUGUUACUACAUGCUCUUUGCCCUGGCUGCCUAUGGCUGGCCCAUUUACCUCAUGAGGAAGCCAACCUGCGGACUCUGUCGCCUGGCCAGAUCCUGCUCGUGUUGCUGUCUCUGUCCCUCAAGGCCCCGCUACGCCCCCAGUGUCACCAUCGAGGAGGACAACUGCUGCGGCUGCAAUGCCAUCGCCAUCCGGCGGCACUUCUUGGAUGAGAACAUGACCUCGGUGGACAUCGUCUACACCUCUUGUCACGAUGCAGUCUAUGAAACCCCUUUCUACGUGGCUGUGGAUCAUGACAAGAAGAAGGUGGUCAUCAGCAUCCGAGGAACUCUGUCUCCAAAGGAUGCCCUGACUGACCUAACUGGGGAUGCAGAGCGCCUUCCAGUUGAGGGUCACCAUGGAACUUGGCUGGGGCACAAGGGAAUGGUGCUGUCUGCUGAGUACAUCAAGAAGAAACUGGAGCAAGAAAUGGUGCUGUCUCAAGCCUUUGGACGAGAUUUGGGGAGAGGCACCAAACACUAUGGCCUGAUCGUGGUUGGGCAUUCCCUGGGGGCUGGCACAGCUGCCAUCCUGUCCUUCCUCCUGCGUCCUCAGUACCCCUCCCUGAAGUGCUUUGCCUAUUCUCCUCCAGGUGGGCUUCUGAGUGAGGAUGCCAUGGAGUAUUCAAAAGAGUUUGUGACUGCAGUCGUGCUUGGCAAAGAUCUAGUGCCCAGAAUUGGGCUGUCUCAGCUGGAGGGAUUUCGCCGGCAGCUCCUGGACGUUCUUCAAAGAAGUAACAAACCAAAGUGGCGAAUCAUUGUGGGUGCUACCAAAUGCAUCCCCAAGUCUGAGCUGCCCGAGGAGACAGAAGAGAACUCUGUGAGCAGUAACCGCCUGUGGACCCACCCCAGCGACCUGACCAUCGCCCUCUCGGCCAGCACUCCUCUCUACCCUCCCGGCCGCAUCAUCCACGUGGUGCACAACCACCCCGCAGAGCAGUGCUGCUGCUGUGACCAAGAGGACCCCACUUACUUUGCCAUCUGGGGUGACAAUAAGGCCUUCAAUGAAGUGAUCAUCUCGCCAGCUAUGCUGCACGAACACCUCCCCUACGUGGUCAUGGAAGGGCUCAACAAGGUCUUGGAGAACUACAACAAGGGGAAAACAGCUUUACUUUCUGCUGCCAAAGUGAUGGUGAGUCCUACAGAAGUAGAUCUCACCCCAGAGUUGAUCUUCCAGAGCCAGCCCUUACCGAGUGGACCCUCGGUGCAGAUUGGAACUGGAGCCAUUACAGUGGACAGAAGGAACAGCAGCACCAAGAGCAAGUCCCACUCUGAAAUCAGCUUGGAGGGCUUCUACGAAACCAAGCCAGCCUCUCCCGUGCAGAAGGACCCGGUGGAGCUGCUGCUGCUGGACACGAAGGAGAGACUGUCGGUGGAGCUGCAGGACCGCCGAGCUCCCCUGGCCACCAUGGAGAGCCUCUCGGACAACGAAUCCAUCUACAGCUUCGACUCCCGCCGCUCCUCGGGCUUCAGGAGCAUCCGGGGCUCCCCCAGCCUCCAUGCUGUCAUGGAGAAGGACGAGACCCACUGCUUUUACAUAGACCCCGCUAUCCCGGAGGAGAAUCCCUCCCUCAGCUCCAGGACAGAGCUGCUGGCUGCUGACAGCCUCUCCAAGCACUCCCAGGAGACUCAAGCUCCCGACAACGUCCUCAACAGCGGCGGCACCACGCCCCAGCGCCGCUGCAGCGAGGCGGGGGCCAGCAGCGAAGGGGAUCACCUGUCCUUGGCUGGCCCCAGGGAGGAGCUGACCCUCCAAAACGGACGUCUGAGCGAUGUCCCCAGUCCCCAAGUGCUGGAGUUUGCUGAGUUCAUAGACAGCCUCUUUAAUUUGGAUAGCAAAAGCAGCUCCUUCCAGGACAUCUACUGCAUGAUGGUGUCAGACAGCUCCAGUGACUUUGCAGAGCUGCCCAAGUCGGUCAGUGAACAGGAGAUCCUCUUGAGGGCACAGUAUGAACCCAACCUAGUCCCAAAGCCCCCAAGGUUGUUUGCAGGCUCAACAGAUCCUUCCUCGGGCAUCUCUGUCUCACCUUCUUUCCCCCUUAGUUCAUCUGGAGAGCUCAUGGACAUCACCCCCACAGGUGUGAGCAGCCAGGAGUGCCUGGCCACUGACAAAAUCCGGACUUCCACUCCUUCUGGGCCUGUAACCAGCCCUGCCAAGCAGGAUGACCUCAUGAUUUCAGCCCUCUAGUGCCAGGGGGUAAAAAGGGGGUUGCAGCUCCAAGAGCUGAUCCCAUAGGCUGAGCGCUGGGAUGGGUAAUCCGUGGAGGGAGGUGGUCACUGGGCAGUUUGGAUUGGAGGAGACAGCUGCUGGAAGGGUUCCUUCUGGGCUGUGUGACAAGAGUUGGGGGCACACUGGUGUCUGGAAGGAUGGAUUGUGCUCAGAGCUGGGAGAAGAAGUGGUGGUGGUUGCUCCACUAAGAGGAGCUUGGGUUGCUUAAGGUGGAUGUGAGUUCCCUACCUCAGCCUGCCUCGUUUGUGAGGCAGAUUCUUUGCCCCCUACCCCAGGGCACCUGCUGAGUUGGGGAGUGAGACCCCCACCCCCUCACCUUGCUUCAUGGAAUCCUCAGGGUGUGGGGGUGAAGGGGUGGAUUCUCUGAAGCUUGAGGAUUGCAAGGUCUGUGUGUGUGGAGGGGGUGGUGGUCCAGAGCAGGUCACCCCCACCCCUGCCCUUGGUACCGUGUCGGUGGUCAUGGAAAUGAGGGGAUUGAGACUUUGGGCCCUAUUGCACUACCACAUGGAUCUGGCCCAAGAUCCAAUCCCUCAGCCUUUCCAUGGGGCUUCUCUCCUCUUUCAAAGCCAUUUUGGGGGGGUAGAGGGGAGGCUGUGAUCUCCCCAGAUGCAGUCUCCCCUCUCCCCUGGCCAGACACAGCAAGGACGGGGCUGGCACUGUGUUUAAUAACUCCCCUUGAGUACUUCUGUCUUCAGUGACCAGCAGGGCUGCUUCCAAGAGGGAAGGAAACACUGUUCUGAAGAGCCAAAGCCCUCUGCCACCUUCCCCUCUUUCACCAGAAGAGUUCUCCUGGAUCUCACCACCCAUCACUUCUCAGUUCCCUGGACCACUCUGAGCUGGCACAGUUCCUGCAGGACUCGACAGGAUUCUCAUCUCAGAGCUGCAUGGAUGGAUCAACUUGGAAGAAUUCCAACAUUUCUCAAUACCCAGUGUUAUUUUCCAGAGCCUGGGAAGCUACUCCUGGCCUCUGCUUGGGUCCUCACAACCACCCCAUAUGCAGUCAUCACAAAUCAGUGCCAGCCUCUUAUCAGUGGCAGUUCAGGGAGAAGAUGAACUUUGACUAAGUAUUGAAAUCUUUUGUAUGUUUACA